CGAGCCCUCCGAGAAAUUAAACCCCCCCCCCUGUUCUGGUGUCUCCGUUUGAAGCUUUUUUAGAGCUCUCUCCCACCCUUAAAUGUUGCUCACUCACUCCUUCAUCUACUCCAAAAUCCAUCAUUUUUGGCUCGAAAAAGCUGUCAAAUCCUGAAGAACAGUGGUGGGUGGAGGAACUCGAUUCGAGCUUUGUUCUGAAAAUGACUCCAAUUUGGGAGAUAAUGGAUCUUCAAGAUUUGGGUUUAGAGAGUGAUUGGGGGCCAAUAAUAGGCAAGUGAAGUGGGGAGGAGUGUCUCAUAAAGGAGAAAGAUUUGACCUUUUUUUUGUUUUGUUUCCCAGUUGUAAAGAUUCCCAGUUUUAUUCUCAAAUUUGAUCCCGCUCUUUAUGGGAACAAAAUCACCAACCCAAACUCAAAGAUUGAAUCUUGAAACUACCCAACUCAAAAUCUAACCCCACAAUGGAGCAGCAACACUACUUCUACUCAAGCUCAAGGUACUUGCUGUUGUUCUUGUUCUUCUAUGCUUUUGUUCUUCUUCCCUUGGUUCGUGCCGGCGACGCCGAAGCUCUGUUGAGCCUGAAAUCGACUUUAGAUCCGGCAAACUCGCUGCCGUGGCGGCAAGGAAGCAAUGUGUGUACGUGGCAAGGCGUGAGGGAAUGUAUGAAAGGAAGAGUCACUAAGCUUGUGUUGGAGUACUUAAACUUGACCGGAACUCUCGACCGGAAAAUCAUCAACCAGCUGGACCAGCUCCGUGUUCUCAGCUUUAAAAGCAACUCAAUUUCCGGCCAAAUCCCCGACAUCUCCGGCCUCGUCAAUCUCAAGUCCCUCUUCUUGAACGACAACAACUUCUCCGGCGUCUUCCCCGCCUCCGUGACCACCCUCCACCGCCUCAAAGUCCUCGUCCUUGCCGGAAACAAAAUCGCCGGCGACAUUCCGGCGUCGGUGCUCAAUCUGAGGCGUCUGUAUGUUCUGUACUUGCAGGACAACCUGUUCAGCGGCGGCGUUCCGCCGCUGAAUCAGACCUCACUGAGGUUCUUCAAUGUCUCAAACAACCACCUCUCCGGCGAAAUACCGAUGACGCCGGCGCUCAUUCAGUUCAACGACUCGUCGUUUUUGGGGAACGUCAAUGUCUGCGGUCUGCAGGUUCACAACAAAUGCGCGAACGGCAUUGCCUUGCCGCCGUUGGUGGGUCCCAGUUCUGAAGCUCAUCCCAGUUCAAAGUCCAAACCAAACAAGUCCAAGCUCAUUAAGAUCAUUGCUGCAAGUGUCGGAGGUUUUCUGCUGCUUGUUCUGUUUGUGCUUUUGUUAUUAGUGCUGUGCCGGAAGCACAGCCGUCGGAAAGAGGCGGAUACCAGAAGCAAAGGGGAUGUUCACGGCGUUGAGGCGGCGGGGACAGGAGGAGGAGGGGAGGGGACUUCAGGUGGUGGUGGUGGCAGGGGAGGUAAUAAUGGAGGAAAGCAAGGGGCAUUUUCGUGGGAGGGAGAUGGACUGGGGAGUCUGGUGUUCUGCGGCCCAGGGGAUCAGCAGAUGAGUUACAGCCUGGAGGAUUUACUGAAGGCUUCAGCUGAGACACUGGGAAGGGGUAGUAUGGGAAGUACGUAUAAAGCUGUGAUGGAGUCUGGUUUCAUUGUGACAGUGAAAAGGCUCAAGGAUGCAAGGUACCCUAGGCUUGAAGAGUUUAGGAGACACAUGGACUUGCUUGGGAAGCUGAGGCAUCCUCAUUUGGUGCCUCUCAGGGCCUAUUUCCAGGCUAAGGAGGAACGCUUGAUCGUUUACGAUUACUUCCCCAAUGGCAGCCUGUUCUCCCUCAUUCAUGGUUCAAGAACUUCAGGCGGCGGGAAGCCUCUGCACUGGACCUCAUGUCUUAAAAUAGCUGAGGACUUGGCAAGCGGUGUCCUUUAUAUCCACCAGAAUCCUGGCUUGACCCAUGGAAACUUGAAAUCCUCAAAUGUUUUGUUGGGUUCUGAUUUCGAAUCAUGUUUGACGGAUUAUGGUCUCACUUUAUUCCGAGAUCCUGAUUCACAUGAAGAACCUAGUGCAACUACUCUCUUCUAUCGAGCCCCUGAAUGCCGUGACAUCAGAAAACCAUCCACACAACCAGCAGAUGUAUACAGUUUUGGUGUCCUCCUCUUGGAGCUCUUAACUGGAAAGACUCCCUUCCAAGACCUUGUUCAGGAACAUGGCUCAGACAUUCCAAGAUGGGUGCGUUCAGUACGUGAGGAAGAGACAGAGUCAGGAGAUGAACCAGUUAGCUCGGGUAAUGAGGCGUCAGAGGAGAAACUGCAGACGCUUCUGAAUAUCGCAAUGGCUUGUGUUUCAAUUACACCAGAGAACAGACCUACAAUGAGAGAGGUUCUGCGGAUGAUAAGGGAUUCAAGGGCAGAGGCUAUAGUCUCUUCAAACAACAGCAGUGAUCAUUCACCGGGGAGAUGGUCAGAUACCGUUCAGAGCUUACCUAGGGAAGAACACCUGAGCAUUUGAUUCAGUAGCUGGCUAUUUAUAACGGUGUGCAUUUGAGUGGUUACUGGUUACUAGUGAUCGAGUCGAUUAACUUGACGGCUUGUUAGAGUAAAAAGUAUUGAAUCCGAUCCUUUCGGAUGAAUUAGAGCAUGAUUGAUUCUUGUAUUACUACUACUACUACUGCUAGGCAUUUGUAGAGCUAGGAGGGUGCUCUGGCCGGAGGUACGGUGUAAAGGUUUUUGUGAUUUUCAUUGUUGUAAACUUGUAAUAGCUAGUUUGCAUUUUGCACGAGCAAUUCAAUCAGUGAGGUUUGUAUUACAUUUAUAGCUA